AUGGCAACCAAGGCGGUCGCUCCGAAGAGAAGGAGCACGAAGGCUGCCGGAAAUGACGACAGCAAGCGCCAGGUCGUCAUCCAAGGCUUUGACAAGAAGGUCGGCCUUGGCAAGCGGAUAGCUGAGGAGUUAGAGCUGGGAAUGCUCCAGGUUGCAUGCCCUGCAGGUGAGCCGUUGGCCGAGGGCAGCGAGAACUACAAGGCCUACAAGUUCCAGUACAAGCGCCUUUGCACCCAUCUCCGCCGCAACGCGGCGCUACCGGAGCGCCUCCGCACCGGGGCCCUACCUCCGCAGGCCAUGGCUGCUAUGGCCGAUGAGGCAUUAAUGGCGGAGGACCAAAAAAGCGAGAUGCAGCAGUUCCGACAGGAGAGCCUGCAGGAAGCUUUGGGCAUCACUGCGGAAGAUUCCGCUCACUGGACACCCUCGGACCAGUUCACCUGCCCACGGUGCGAGGAAUCCAAGUGUGUCUAUAUCCAGUCCUUCAAAGGCUACCACAGCCACGAUGACAACAACCAGGAGCCUGUCAUCACCAUCCGCUGCACCAGCUGCAAACACCUCUGGAAGGAGGACGAGGUGGAGGGGGGGCGCAUGGCUGCUGGAAGCUUCGUGCAGGGCGUCGAGGAAGAGAUCAGGACUGAAGCGCCAGCGAUUUGGGGUCAGGAUGACCCCAAAGAGUCCUGGCUCUUGCCUGCUUCAUCUUAG